AUGUCCACCAUGUCCACCUUGCCCACAGCCACAGCCAAGUCUCAUAUCCCGGUUGUGCGGGUCGCCCAAGAACUCAUCACCGCUUGUAAAGAGGUGGGUUUCGUAUACAUCGUCAACCACUCCCUCCCAGAGUCCAUGCUGGACGAGGCAUUCCACUGGUCCAGAUUGUUUUUCGACCUACCCCAGAAACUGAAACUAAAGGCGCCCCACCCGGACGGGUGGGCUGUUCACAGAGGCUACUUAUGGCCCAGGCUGGAGAAGGUGUCACAGGCGAUGAGUGGUGAUGGGUUGGACAGAGAGCAGCUCAGAGAAAUACCGGACUUCAAAGAAAGCUAUGACAUAGGGAGCGACGAGAACGUCGACCAGCCUGAUCAAUGGCUGCCCGAGGAGGACCUCCCAGGCUUCCGCGACUUCAUGCAUCGCUUCUAUUGGCAGUGCUUCCGAGUCGGAGGGGAGAUUCUCCGAACGCUGGCUGUCGGUCUGGAUCUAGAUGAGAACCACCUGCUGACCCGGCACUCAGGCCAUAAUAACCAAUUGCGCCUGCUACAUUACCCACCUAUCCCUGCUGUGGCCAUUGAAACAGAUCGGGCCGCCCGAUGCCCAGCACACACCGACUGGAGUUCCAUCACCAUGUUGUUCCAGGACGACUGUGGUGGGCUUGAGGUGGAAGAUGUUACCCAGCCAGGGACUUUGGUUCCCGCGCCACCUCUGCGAAAUGCAAUAGUCAUGAAUGUGGGAGACUUGUUGCAGAGAUGGAGCAAUGAUAUUUUGAUGUCCACCAGCCAUCGGGUCACGCUGCCCCCUCUCCCAGAUCGCUUUGAGGGAUCUGAACGUAUGACACGUAGACGCUUCUCGAUUCCAUAUUUUAUGUCACCUGAUCCGGACACGCUGAUUGAGUGCAUUGCGUCGUGUGUUGCAGAGGGCGAAAUGGCAAAGUAUGAGCCGAUCACGCAGGGUAACUAUAACAAGAUGAGAGCAUCUACAAACUACUGA